UGAAGCUGUGGUGACUUAAUGGGUAACAAUAUUAAAACGAUAGGUAUGAAUUAAUCAGAUACAGACAACAGCCAUGUAAAGGGUUAACUCUAAUCCAGGAAGUGAAAAGCACACAGCAGUAUCAGUUGGGGAGGAGCCUCCCAACAUGACUUUGCUGAAGCGAAACUGAAGUAGAGAGACAUACAGACUAUUUUGGACAGGACAGGGAACAAACUUUAUAAACAGCUAGACGCUGAGACUCCUAUAUCUGUGGCACCACAAACAGAAAGAACCUUAUCCACACACGCAUGCAGAUAUGGCCACCUCCAGCAGUCUCCUGUCUGAAGAGCAGUUCCUGUGCUCUGUCUGUCUGGAUGUGUUCACUGAGCCAGUCUCUAUUCCAUGUGGACACAACUACUGCAAGGCCUGUAUCAGUGGAUACUGGGAUACCAGUGACCUGUGCCAGUGUCCAAUGUGUAAGGAGAAAUUUGACAGGAGGCCUGAGCUUCGCAUCAAUACUUUCAUUUCUGAGAUGGUUGCUCAGUUCAGGAAGUCUGUUCAGUGGAAAGUUACCAGCAGUCCAGGACAACGCACAGCCAAACCAGGAGAAGUGUCCUGUGACUUCUGCACUGGGAUGAAGCUCAAGGCCCUGAAGUCCUGUGUGGUGUGUCAGACCUCUUACUGUGAGACUCACCUGGAGCCUCAUCAGAGAGUCCCAGCCUUAAAGAGACACAAGCUGAUCAACCCUGUGGAGAACCUGGAAGACAGGAUGUGUAAGAAGCACGAGAGACUCCUGGAGCUGUUCUGUAGGACUGACCAGACUUGUCUUUGUGUCUUGUGCUUGAAAACAGACCACAUGACUCAUGACACUGUCCCUCUAGAGGAAGAGUAUGGAGAGAAGAUGGCUCAACUGGGGAAAAUGAUGGCAGAGGUAGAACAGAAGAUGCAUACAUAUUUUAGGAAGGUUCAGGAGAUCAAACAUUCAGUAGAUCUCAGCAAGAGAGAAGCAGAGAGGGAGAUAUCAGACAGUGUACAGGUCUUCACUGCUCUGGUUCGCUCCAUUGAGAGAAGCCAGACUGAGCUCAUUGAGGUGAUUGAGGAGAAGCAGAAAGCAGCAGAGAGGCAGGCUGAAGGGCUCAUUAAGGACCUGGAGCAGGAAAUCACUGAGCUACAGAGGAGAAGCACUGAACUGGAGCAGCUCUCACACACUGAGGACCACCUCCACCUCCUACAGAACUUACCAUCCCUCUGCACCCCUCCACCCACCAAGGACUGGUCUGAGAUCAGUGUUCACAGUGAUAUGUGUGUGGGGACUGUGAGGAGAGCUGUGUCUCAAGUGGAGGAGACUAUUUUAAGUGAAGUGAAGAUGUUGUGUGAUGCUGAGUUGAAGAAGAUUCAGCAGUAUGCAGUAGAUGUGACUCUGGACCCUGAUACAGCACAUCGUGGUCUCAUCAUGUCUGAGGAUGGGAAACAGGUGAAACAUGGAGAUACAAAACAACAUCUCCCAGACAAGCCAGUUAGGUUUUCCUGUCUCUGUAUCUUGGGAAAGGAGGGUUUCUCUUCAGGUAGAUUUUACUAUGAGGUGACAGUUAAGGGGAAGACUGACUGGGAUUUAGGAGUGGCCAGAGAGUCCAUCAACAGGAACAGGAAUAUCACACUGAGCGCUAAGAAUGGAUACUGGACUGUCUGGCUGAGGAAUGGAGACCAGUACAAGGCUCUUUCUAGCCCCAGUGUCCUGCUCCAACUGAGAGAGAAGCCCCAGAAGGUGGGGGUGUUUGUGGAUUAUGAGGAGGGUCAGGUCUCCUUCUAUAAUGUGGAGGCCAGGUCUCAUAUCUACUCUUUCACUGGCUGCACCUUCACUGAGAAACUAUAUCCAUUCUUCAGUCCAUGUCUUAAUGAUGGUGGUAAAAACUCUGCCCCUCUGAUCAUCUCUCCUGUCAAUCAGACAGAAUGACUUUUAACUUGAAAAUCUACAAAGAUAUGUACAUUUAAUCUGUUGUCCUACAUCACAGAGAACAUUUCACUGUGAUGUUAAUACCGACGUGGUUGUUGUUUGUUAUCAACAGCAUCAUAUCAGUCUGUUAGACAUGAUGAGUAGCCUACGGUAUGCAGCAGCAUUGUAAGAUAUGAAAACAUCUCUCCAGGCUCAUAACGAGGUAUGAUUCAUAUCUGGAAGUUACAUUUCUGGGGAAGUUCUGAUCGUGAGAUAAUAUAACAAUAUGUUUGUUAUUUAGCUCAUGUAUUGUUUGCACUGUAUAUCUCUGUUGAUCCACCUAUAAUAAACUGGGAUGUGCAUGGAGUCACAUUCAGGACUUUAUGAAAAUAAAAUCCAGUUGAAUAUUGA